GGCCCCACGGCCUUUGUCCGCUACCUCCACAGGAAAUUAAAUGUGUUAUGGGAUGAAGCCGCGGGUGUAUGGCAAGCUGGUGAAUAUCUUGUUUUAAUAGCCUUUGGAGAACAUAUAUUGAACUGGUUGACCUUCACCUUGCUACACGGUCACACCAGCCAACAACAUGGGUUCAAGGGAUCGGCCAAUCAGCAUUGACACACAAGAGGAGGUGGUUGACCUCGACGCUGAUACGAAGGAGUCGACUGACGAAGUGUUUUGCAACGAAGAGACUGAGGAGACGCCACACAAGAUAUACCUACUGUAUGACCCUAAUACACCUAAACCCAUAAUCAAACGCUUCCCAGUUAAUGUCAUUAUUAAACAAGUGGGGUCAGACGUCACUCUAGGACGACACGAAUCCUCUGAUGUGCUGCUAUACGAAAAACACAUGGCUCGAUGGUUUGCAAGCGUCACGUGCCGGACCAGCACUGCCAACAAGACUAGCUUUGUGCUGCGGAACACGUGUAAGGGAACGGCAGCCAAGAGAAUCGCCGUCACUGAUGCCAGAGGGAGAGUCAGUGAUGUCCUCCCCACCCAGGAAGUCGAGUUGGUGGACCAGGGGAGGUUCAGGCUGGAAGGGGUCGAGUUCACCAUUGGGAUCGAACUCGGGGACAUGAACUCUAAAACAUUUAUGCUUGAAGUCAAACCAUUAAAUGCCGGACCAUCUGAAGCUGUGGACAUUGGUGGACAUGUAAACGGUAUUGAAGGAGUACCAGGUGCUUUCGGGGAAAUUCCGAAUCUCGACACGCCGCAGUUCGGCUUGUCUGUUAGUGGUCAGAGUCAUGUUAUAUAUCCUCCUGAUCAGAUCACACCCAAGGCUGUGGCAUCCCAACCACUAGGCUCAUGUCCUGGUCAGGUGGUUGGUGUAGGUCACGGAAUAGGUGUAGGUCAUGCUGUUGGUGCUGGAGUAGGCCAUGGUAUUGGUGCUGGAGUAGCGCAUGCUGUUGGUGCUGGUGUCGAUCAUGGAGCAAGUGCUGGUGUAGCAUCUCAUCUGUACCAGACAGUACCUAAAUACUAUAAUGGGCCGGCAAUGACAUGUCACUGUAGUAACUCUUUUGGUCAUUCUGCCAUCCCUCAGUCAAGACUUGUAUAUUCUCCAUCUGUUGCGACACAACCCAUGGUGAACCAUCAGCCGCAUACGCCGCAUCAGGAUCAGCUGUUGGAACGAGGGUCCGGAUGUCAACCAUCUCCAUCCUUUUCAACACAUCCAUGUCAGCAUCAAGGACAAACAUACCAGCAGCCAGGUUCAGGGAUGACAAUGACUGCUCUGGCCAAUGCUCUUGCCAAUACACACGUUGCACAUCCAGCUGUCCAGUCUCCUAUCACUGCCAUAGUGACCACGCCCUCCUCCCAUGACCAAAGUCCAGUUUUGUACCCGAGCCCAACUUACCAAGGAUUCCGAUUUCCCCAAGCACAACCAAUGCAAAUGAAUCAACUGAACCAAAAUGGGGAUCUGCGGAAUUUACCCCGAGGACCACCUCUUGGGCAUCUCCACCAGUCAGUCAAUCUCCACAGCACAGGGCCAUCAAGUGGUCAGUCAGUCAACCUCCACAGCAGAGGGCAAUCAAGAAGUCAGUCAGUCCAUCUCCACCAAGCCGGUAUCCCGGCAAAUGUAGUGACCACUCAUGCAGUGGCAGAGGUGGGGGGAACUCAAGGUAGAUUCAGCGACCUGAACAACACUACACACAGAGAACCAAAGGAACACGAAGAGAAGUCCAAAUAGACACGACAACUGAAGAUGUGUGUUAUUUAUCACACAAGGGCAGAUCCAGCCUACUCUGUUAUUACUCAUAUUCAGACUAUCGGUGUUGUUAUUCAUGUAUGGCUUUUCCUGUGUGCUAAGCGUGUUUUCUAUACUCACAUCAAUCAACGGUUGUUGAUAUGGUAACUGCCAGACUGAUAUUAGACAUUCGUUUAUUGCCGUGAAUACUCACAAUUUGAGUCUAUUUCCGGACAGCAUGGGCCAGCUCUAAGAAAUAUAGGGCAAGGAGAUCUAUAUUGUUUCCUCUUACCGAGGCAAGGGCGUAAACUGACUGUAAAAUCCCAGUUUCCACCCUUGCCGAAUUAGGCUGGAAUUUCUGGGCUCGAUCGUGGCCCCACCUGUGGCUUUUGUAUGUUUUAUGUUCCUUCUGUAUUCCUGACCAAUCAGAUUCCAGUUUGAUGGUGGCUAAAAGGAAACAACCAAGAAAUAGUUAUAAGAUGGGGAUACGGGUUUUUGGACCUUAUGUUUGUAGUGUUUCGGCUACUGUUUUCAGCCAAGUGAAGUUUUGAUAAUGUUUGUAAUGUUUUGGUCAAACCAAUUUCAAGUGUCCCGUAUCCCGGCAGUUUUUUACUUGAUGUGUUUCCAGCAUUUUGCUCACCGAUGAAUAUUUAACAUUGACAUUAUUUGUGUUGAACGUCUUUCACUUUGACACCUACCAUUUCAAAGUAUUACUUAAAACGUAAUCUCAGCGUUACCCUGGUCAAUCUAUUACGUCGUUAUAGACGAUGUUGUUUUAUGGGCAUUGCAGACUCCUUAUUUGCACUAUUGUACGUUCACUCUGCUUGUCUCGAACUACUGAUUACUCGAGAUUUGAUGGUCCCCAGGUCUUCUAGUUAACGACGCUUCACUGUAU